UCUAAGUGUGAGGCAAGGGGAGAGUGGGACCCCAUUCGCCCCCCUGAGCAGGCCCCGCUGGGGUGGAACCCCUCAGCGCCACAAGCCCCCGGCCAUGGGGGCCACGGCCUUCCACCUGCCGAGGCCCGUGGCCUUGCUUUUGCUGCUGCUGGAGCUGCCCGCUGGCAGGGCGCUGGUGCGGGCGGUGUCCGACAGCAGGGCCAGCUCCGUGGACUUCAGCGACGCCCCUGCCCUGUUUGGGGCUCCCCUGUCUGAGGACGGCGUCCGAGGCUACCUGAUCGAGGCCCGACCACCCAACGCCUGCCAGCCCAUCGAGGGCCCGGUGCCGUCCAACCACUCCCUGGGCUCCAUCGCGCUGGUCCGGCGCUUCGACUGCACCUUCGACCUCAAGGUCCUCCAUGCGCAGCAGGCCGGCUACCAGGCAGUCAUCGUCUACAACGUCCACUCCAACGACCUGGUCAACAUGGUGCAUGUGUACGACGACAUCCGGCAGCAGAUCGAGAUCCCGUCGGUGUUCGUCGGCGAGGCGACGUCCCGGGACCUGCGGGUCAUCCUGUGCGGCCACAAGGACGCCCACGUUCUCCUCCUCCCCAACCACCGCCACUACUCGGAGCUGGACUGCCACCCCGUCCUGUCCAUCUCCUGGGUGCUGGGCCGCGUGGUGACCCUGCUGAUGUCCACGCUGCUCAUCAUCAGGAGGGUCUGGCUGUACUGGUGGCGGUGGCGGGAACGCGGCUGCGCCGUGGCCAAGACCCCCGUCCGCAAGAAGAUGCACCUGCGGGCCUUCACCUGCCACAACGACGUCUGCGCCAUCUGCCUGGACGAGUACGAGGAGGGGGAUCAGCUGAAGGUCCUGCCCUGCACCCACAUCUACCACUGCAAGUGCAUCGACCCCUGGUUCUCCCAGGCCCUGCGCAGGACCUGCCCCAUCUGCAAGCAGCCCGUGGCCAGAGCGGAGGAGGGCUCCGACUCCAACCCCGAGAGCCUCAGCGAGGACGAGUCGGCUAGAUCCCGGCUGGACCACUGGGCCGCCGAGGUGCUGACCCUGGUCCGCCAAGCGCCCUCCCACACUGAUAGCUCCAGUCACAGAACAGAAGGGUCCGAGGCCGAGGUGGAGCCUCGCAGGGAGCCCUCCCUCCCCUGAGACGCCCUCUAGGCCCCGCCCUCUCCUUCCCCACGCCCCCUCUCCUUCUCCCAGCCAGCUGGCUGUGUUGGCUGCUCCUGGGACCCGGCUGAACACC